AAAUUAAAAUAGAGCCUACAAAACUGGAAAAUAAUGUAUUUUUCCUCACAAAACAAUACAAAAGUAGUUUCUUAUAAACUCAACUCAACUAAUCAAUAAUACAAAAAUCUUUCAAACAAAUCAAAACUAUGAUGCACAAAAGCUAAGCACCAAAACAAGACACUUGAACUUUCUAAAUUGCCAAAAAUUGUUUGCAAGAGCUACUUUGGUUCAUAUUUUUGGUUCUUCAACCCUUCAGGUUUCCGGUGAGAUAAGUAAAGUCUGACUAGAAAUUGUUUCGGUCAGGAUUUGAAUUGAAUGGCAGAAACUGUUGUAUCAAUUGUUUUGGAACAACUCUACAAACUUGCACUAGAAGAAGGAGCUUUGCUAAGAGGUGUAGAGAGAGAUCUCAAAGAGAUCAAAGAUGAACUUGCAAGCAUCCAAGCCUUCCUCAAAGAUGCAGACACAAGGGCUGCUGAUGAAGAAGGAGAAGGAAUCAAUGAAGGAGUCAAAACUUGGGUGAAGCAGCUAAGAGAAUCAUCUUUUCAAAUAGAAGAUGUGAUUGAUGAAUAUGUUAUGUAUUUAUCAUCACAAAGGGUCAACAAUUCUGGUUGCAUAGCUUCAAUCCAAAAGGUUGUUCAAAUGAUCAAAACAUUGAAGCAAAGGCAUCAAAUUGCUUCUGAGAUGAAAGAGAUUAAGAUAUCAGUUAGUGGAAUCAAAGAGAGAAGUUUGAGGUAUGAGUUUAAGUCUGAAAAUGGAUUAGGAAGCUCUAGAGGAAGUAUUAAAAGUGGAAAUUUUGGUGAUCCUAGAAUGGCUUCUUUUUUCAUUGAUGAGACUCAAGUUGUUGGAUUUGAGUCACCAAGAGAUGAAUUGGUUAGUUACUUGGUGAAUGAAACUAAUGAGUGUAUGGUGGUUUCUGUUGUUGGCAUGGGAGGACUAGGAAAAUCAACUCUUGCUAAGCAUGUUUUUGAUAACAAGUUGGUGAAAAAGCACUUCGAUUGUCGAUCUUUCGUAACAGUUUCUCAAUCCUAUACUGUCAGAGAGUUGUUGAUUGAUAUGAUAAAGAAGUUUUGUGAGAAUAACAAUGAGGCUUUUCCAAAGGGUCUUCAAGACAUGGAUGAUAAAACAUUGAUUACUCAUGUGAGGCAAUACCUUGAGUCAAAAAGGUACUUGGUUUUGUUUGAUGAUGUUUGGAAAGAAAACUUUUGUGAUGAGAUUGAACAUGCCAUCAUUGAUAAUAAAAGAGGAAGUAGAAUCAUUGUGACUACUAGAAUGAUGCAUGUAGCUGAGUAUUUUAAGAAAUCUUUUUAUGUUCAUGUUCACAAUCUACAACCUUUGAGUCCAAAGAAAGCAUGGGAACUUUUCUGCAACAAGGUGUUUAGAGAUGGGAAGUGUCCAACAGAACUUGAGGAAAUGUCCAAUGAAAUGGUUCAAAAAUGUGGAGGGUUGCCUUUGGCAAUUGUGGCCAUUGGUGGUCUUUUGUCGACAAAAUCGAAAACCAUGAUUGAAUGGAGAAAGGUGAGUCAGAAUCUGAGAAUGGAGUUAGAGCGCAAUGCGCAUUUGACUAGUCUGGUAAGGAUUUUAUCUCUUAGUUAUGAUGAUCUACCUUACCAUUUGAAAUCAUGUAUGUUGUAUUUUGGUAUAUAUCCUGAGGACUACACCAUCAAUCGGAAGAGACUUACACGGCAAUGGAUGGCUGAAGGGUUUGUGAAGAAUGUGGAGAGAAGAACAUUGGAGGAAGUUGCUGAAGAGUAUUUGACAGAGUUGAUAUAUAGAAGUUUGGUUCAAGUUUCCAAAGUCGGCUUUGAUGGGAAAGUCAAGAGCUGUCAAGUCCAUGAUUUGUUGCGCGAAGUGAUUGUAAGAAAAAUGAAAGAUUUAAGUUUUUGUCAUUUAAUGCAUGAAGAUGAUGAACAAGUCACAUUCGGAAUAACUAGACGCUUUUCGAUAGCUGCUAUCUCCAGCAAUGUGUUGAGAAGCGCUAGUAACAAGGGAAUUCGCGCUAUUCUUGUUUUCGACAAAGGUGAAUUGCCUAAACCUUUCAUGAAAAGACUAUCUUCCAAGUACAAGCUUUUAAAAGUACUUGAUUUUCAGAAUUCUUUGUUGAAUUCUAUUCCUGAUAACUUAGGGAAUCUUUUCCACCUAAGGUACUUGAACCUAAGUCAUACAAAAGUGAAAAUUCUUCCUAGUUCCAUUGGCAACCUAAUAAACUUAGAAACCUUAGAUCUAAGGCAAACUAAAGUGCAUGAGUUACCAAAAGAGAUAAACAAGCUCACAAAACUAAGGCUUCUUCCAGUUUAUUAUAGAAAAUAUGAAGAACAUUAUUCUAUGUUAAACUUUACAAGAGGAGUUCAUAUGCAAGAGGGUAUUGGAACCUUGAAAUCUUUGCAAAAGCUUUACUUUUUGGAAGCUGAUCAUGGUGGAAUAGAGCUUAUCCAAGAGCUGAAAAUGUUGAGACAGUUAAGGAAGUUAGGCAUAAAGCACGUGCGGCGAGAAUAUGGAAAUGCACUAUGUUCUGCUAUUCAAGAAAUGAACCAACUAGAAUCUCUUAACAUUGGUGUUAUAGCUAAAGAUGAAAUCCUUGACUUGGAUUUUGUAUCAGCUCCACCUCAUCUAAGAGUGCUUAACUUGAAAGGUAGAUUAACAAAGUUUCCUAAUUGGAUUCCAAAACUCAACUAUCUUGUGAAGCUAAGACUUGGUUUAUCAAACUUUGAAGAUGAUCCACUAAACUCUUUGAAGAGUUUGCCAAAUUUGUUGAGGUUGAAUUUGUGGGAUGAUGCAUUUUGUGGAGAAAGUUUGCAUUUUCAAGUUGGCGGGUUUCCUAAGCUUAAGGAACUUGAUCUCACUAGAUUGAAUAAACUAAGUUCUAUCACUAUAGACAAAGGAGCUUUACUUUGUCUUGAACAUUUUAGAUUUAACAACAAUCCUCAAUUGAAGGUGGUUCCACAAGACCUUCAACACUUGAAAAAUCUUCAAUUUCUUGGAUUUGCUGAUAUGCCAGAUGAGUUGGUUGAAAGCAUUGAUCCAGAGAAACGUGGAGAAUGUCAUUGGAUUGUCAAGCAUAUUCAACUUGUACUAAUUAGGAAGAAAGUAGGAUCAAGAUUUCAUGAUUAUGAGUUGUAUCCCAUUCAUACUGUAUCCAAUGUAUGAAUUAUUAAGAUUCAAUUCUCCAAGUUGCAGAUGCAUUCUGUCUCUUCAUUCCUUCAUUGGCGUGCUUGAAUCCCUCUAUAAAUUACUUCCUUGAAUUGAACUCAUCUACUAUAUAAUAGAUUACAUAUAAUCAAGUAAUAUGUGUACUCUAUUAAUUGACAUAUAGUUUUGGCUUUUCUUUUGUGCUUUUGUCAUUUAUGGUGAUAUUUAUUAUUGGUACUUUUCAACAAUCCUUAUGAUCAAGAGAUCUUCAUUUGAAUGAAUAUUGUCAUUGUUAAUGUAACUGUUAUUCUAAGAAUCAGAUGAGUACAGUAUCA